AUGCACGAAACCCAAGUGAUUGCAUGUACUGCUGCUUUCUGCAGCAGUGUUGCAGUACUGGCAUGCAUUCUCUUCAUACCAUCAAUGUAUAGCACCAUCAGUCAGCUUCAUGACAGAGUACUAGAUGGUGUUCAAACAUUCCGAGUAGAGACUGAUUCCGCAUGGACAAAAAUGAUGGAAAUACAAGUCAAAGUGCUACCUGAAAGCAAACCGUACAGCAAUCCCUUCCAAACAUUCGUUCGUCAGAAACGGGAAUUAGGACUUCCAUCGUUUUGUAUCUGUCAACCGAAAAGAGAGUGCCCACCAGGCCCUACUGGGCCACAAGGAGAUCCGGGACCAGAUGGACGUAAGCUAAUUCAUCUAAUAGAAUUAUUAAUAACCAAAAUCAAAACUUCUGGACCGCCAGGACCACCAGGACUGGACAACAAAGAGAUGGGGGAGUCACUGGACUGUACUGUCGAUACUAGUGUCUGCAUUAAAUGUCCUGAAGGACCAAUGGGACCAGUUGGUCCAGAUGGAGAAAUGGGACCGCCAGGGCCAGAUGGUCUUCCGGGACCUGAAGGUCUCCCGGGCAAAGACGGGCCGAGGGGACCAGACGGGCCAUUCGGACCACCAGGUAUUCAAGGACCUCCAGGAAGACCAGGGCUUCCUGGGCUUCCAGGACGUGAAGGUAUUCGUACG